AUGUAUCAACAAUAUAUAACUGGUGUGAUUGCAUUUAUUAUCACAUUUUCUGGAAUUUUCAUAAAUUUAUCAGUGAUAUAUGCUAUCAAUAAAACUCCAUCCAUGAGCGGAUCAUUUGGUAUUAUAACGAAAAGUCAGGUUGUCUGUAACAUGAUUAUGUGCUCAAUAUAUAUUUUGUUUGUGCUUCCUCUGCAGUUGAGUUCCCUAUCCCAUUUUAUACCAAUCUCUCAUUAUUUUGGAACCGCUGCUCAGACUGUCUACAUAAUUUCCAAUUUAUCUCAUUUCCUUAACGCGCUCAAUAGGUGCUGUGCACUAUUUAUGCCGCUAUGGUAUACUCAUAUUUUUAGUAACUCAAAAACCGUUUUCUAUCGUAACUUUAUAUGGAUUUUUUCGAUAAUAUUCUGUAUUACACUCUAUGAAUUUUUCAAGUGCUUUUUAUUAUAUGCCCCGAAAUCUUGGAGUUUUCAAUUUGUACAAAACCCAGUUUGCAAUCAAAUAACUUGGUAUUUAGAUUUUAAUUUCAAUUGUUCAAUCAUAAUUAUAACACUUAUUAUCGACCUUUUGGUUGCCUUCGUUGGAAGAAAACAUUCAAAGACACUCCCUGUUGGAUCCGAAUAUUCGAAAGUUCUUCGGAAACGGGAUUGGAAUUUUGUGAGGCAAACUUCUUCGCAAGGUUUUAAUAAUUUUGUGGGUGUACUCGCGUUUUAUAUUGUGGCGCCUCGUAUUAGCGAUGAAUGGAUUAUUUUGAAAUUUUUUGUUAUAUCUUUAUGGGUUUUUAUGCACGCAUUUGAUGGAGCAAUAAUUAUAAUUUCAAAUCACGAAUUACGAGCUGUCUUUGAGAAAAAGUCCGUAAUUUUGGUGGCACCCCCAUCUCGAAAUCCGUCUAUUAUUGGAGCUAACUUUUAA